AUGUCUGGAAGACGCGGUAUGCACCCCCAUGCCACAGAUCAGCCACCCGUGAAGAAGCAGAGCAAGUGGUCACCGGAGGAAGAUGCCCUCAUCAUCGAGCUUCGAGGACGUAAUAUGAAGUGGGAAGAUAUCUCAAAGCGUCUGCCUGGCCGGAGUGCCAUCAGCUGCCGGCUACACUACCAGAACUACCUCGAAAGACGGAGUGAAUGGGACGAAGAGCGCAAGAACAAACUGGCCAGACUUUACGAGAGAUUUAAACCAGAGAUGUGGGCUAAAGUUGCAGAAGAGAUGGCAGUGCCAUGGCGAGCAGCAGAGGCCAUGCACUGGCAACUUGGUGAGGCAGAUAUGGCUAGACGUGCAGGCGUUAUCCCUUUCUCUCUAGCCGCAGUCAAUGUCGAGGGAAACAACAGUCACAGAAGCUCACCCUCGCGCAGCCACAUCCACUCGCAGCCCCAAGUCAGUAUGCCUCGCGAUCUUGGAGCCCCAUCGCCUCGAGUUGUGUACAAUAGACCUCCACCAAUGCCUGCCAGCAGCCGAGCUAUGGUUCCCCGCCGAGAGUCGAUUCCUCCGCCGCCCCCUUUGCCCAUGGUCCCAGAUCCUGCCGAAGUUCAGUAUGUACCAGGGCCAGGUUUGGCCCCGAUCCAGAACCAGCCACCACCUCGGACUGCUGGCAUGCUUCCUGGGGUUGCUGAACUUACUGGUGGAGUCAGCCCCUAUAGCACACCUGCUGCAGUACCCAACAUGGGCCCUAUGACUGGGGCAGGUCAGGGUCCUCUGUAUUCAACACUCGCCAGUUACUCGAUUGAAUCGGCCGGGUCCAAACGAAGAGCUUCUCCAGAUGAAUAUCCACACGAAGCGAACCAGAGGCGCCGAAUCACAUAG